CUCUAUGCAGAGCAACACAGCUCCGGUGGAGGAACGCUGGAGGCAGCUGUCAAGCGCAGGCUGCUGCUCCUGCUGCUCUAGUUGAGCCUCGGCGCCGUACCGACUGAUUUCACAUUCACCAAUAAGAGACAGCACAGGAGCGAGAGAGAGAGAGAGAGAGAGAGGAACGGAGGGAGGGAGGGAGAGUCUCAAAGUGAGUGGUGUGGAGAGGCAAGUGGAGUGGAAGAGUGUCAAAAGAAAAAAGAGGUUACAACACCUCCUCAGCUCUCUUUCCCUUCUCCUGUCUGCUUUUCCUUCUUUCUCGUGUUGGCUCAGAAGAGGAGGAAGAGGAGGAAGAAGGGGGCUUAAAAAAUAUCUGAAGAAAAAAAGGUGCUUUUAGUGAAAGAAGAAGAAGAAGAGGAGGCGGAGGUGAGCCUCAAGUCGAGCCGCACUGAAGAGUUGAGAAGAGCUUUCCUCCGUGGACCAAGGACGAGUAGAGCUCUAAGUCCAAACACCUGGACCCCCCUCCCCUCCCCGUGACUCCCACACUGGCUGGACUGGUCCCGGUGCUCGGUCCCACUCUCCUGCCCUCGCCUGCCCACACCUGUCCCGCUCCAAACAUGAUGAUGUACUUUUGGGGUAACCAAGAGGCCACCAACCCUCCUGAAGCGAUGGCCCAGCCCUACACCCCAGCUCAGUACCCGCCUCCCCCACAGAAUGGCAUCCCUGCAGAGUUUGCGGCACCGCACCCGCUCCCGACACAGGACUACACCGGGCAGAGCCGGGUGCCCGAGCACGCCAUGACCCUGUACACGCCCACACAGACGCACAGCGAGCCGGCCGGCACUGACAACAGCACGCCCACCAUCACCGCCACCACGACCGCACCGGUCAGUGCCCUCCAUCACCUGCAAACACUGUUCUCAACAUGCAGUCAGCAAACAGAUGACGUGACGCAAACAGAGGGUUCUCAGCAGCUCCAGCUCCAGCACUCAGACUCCUCAGAGAAGCAGCAGCCAAAAAGGUUACACGUCUCCAACAUUCCUUUCCGCUUCCGGGACCCAGAUUUGAGGCAAAUGUUUGGGCAAUUUGGAAAGAUUUUAGAUGUGGAGAUUAUCUUUAAUGAGCGAGGAUCCAAGGGCUUUGGGUUUGUAACUUUUGAAACAAGCACAGACGCUGAUCGUGCACGGGAGAAACUAAAUGGUACAAUCGUAGAGGGACGCAAAAUCGAGGUGAACAAUGCAACCGCACGAGUGAUGACAAACAAAAAAGUGGCCAACCCUUAUACAAACGGCUGGAAGCUGAACCCAGUGGUGGGAGCUGUCUAUGGUCCUGAACUGUAUGCCGUAACAGGGUUCCCCUACCCUGCCACAGGCGCUACGGUGGCCUACAGGGGUGCCCACUUGCGGGGAAGGGGACGAGCUGUUUACAACACGUUCCGCACGGCUCCACCACCUCCACCGAUCCCUGCUUAUGGAGCGGUGGUGUACCAAGAUGGCUUCUACGGAGCAGAGAUCUAUGGUGGCUAUGCAGCAUACAGAUUUGCCCAACCCACCACCACCGCUGCUUACAGUGACAGCUAUGGCAGAGUCUAUGCAACAGCAGACCCCUACCACCACACGAUUGGCCCUGCCGCCACAUACAGUGUGGGGACCAUGGGGAAUGUAACCCUGGAGGGUUGCGUUCAGGGACAACAUGGUGCAUAAGUACCGCCAAAGUAAAUACAAAACGAAGAGCUGUACUCAGUAUUGAUGGACAUCACAGAUGAAAACAACGAAGAGAGGAGAACUAGCUUUAAGAAAAUAACACAAGAAGAAGAUGAAAAGGAGUCCCUCUACUGAGGCUGGCGAGGGAAGACGGGAGGCGUACAAAGUGGCGCCACGGCAGUGGUGUCAAACCAGCCACAAACUUGACAGAUGGAGUGAGCCAGUUUCCACCAGGGACCACCUUUUUGCCGGGUAGAAAAAAAAAAAAAAGACAGAGAGAAGGAAGUGUCCCGUUAUUAUAAAACAUUUUAUUUUUCUAUACUUUUGUGAUUUACAAUGGUAAAAAAAAAAAGUGUGUAUAAAGCAGUAUAUAUGUACAAAUCUGUUUUUAUGUUUUUUGGUAAGGGAGAUGAACAGUUGGCCCUUGAUGCUGAUUCUGUGGUAUGCAGGAAGGAGGAGGGAGGAUGACCUCCCCAACCCCCGCCUCCUCUCUCUAUGGCACACUGCUCUGUCACAGAGGUCGUGUAAAAAAAAA